AUGAGGCCGGCUGGCUCUUGGAAGCUUUGGCUCUGGGUGGCAGUGUUCCUGCUUCCUGCUUCCGCUUCCGUGAUGAACAGGGACAAGCCAGAAAAAGAAUGUCCUAUAUUGAGAACAGAGAGACACCAGUUUACACAAGACAACAGAGAUAAACUUGACGUUACAGGUUUUGACCUAGGAGAGCGCUUUUCUCUGAGACGUGUGUUUUGUGAAGGUGAUAAAACUUGUUUCAAAUUGGGAAGUUCACUUCUUAUUAGAGACACCAUUAAGGUGUUUCCCAAAGGCCUUCCUGAGGAGCUGGCCAUAGCAGCUGUGUUUAGGGUACGAAGAAGCACCAAGAAGGAACGGUGGUUUCUGUGGCAGGUUUUAAACCAGCAGAAUAUGCCACAGGUUUCCAUAGUAGUAGAUGGUGGAAAGAAGGUGGUGGAAUUUAUGUUCCAAGCUGCCGAGGGAGAUGUGCUGAACUACGUUUUUAAAAAUCGAGAACUCCGUCCUUUGUUUGACCGUCAGUGGCAUAAACUUGGCAUCGGUAUACAAUCCCGGGCCAUUUCACUUUAUAUGGACUGUAACUUAGUUGCAAGCCGGCAUACUGAUGGAAAGGAUGCUGUGGACUUCCGUGGAAGGACUGUUAUUGCAGCCCGAGCUUCAGAUGGCAAGCCUGUGGAUAUUGAACUUCACCAACUUCAAAUCUACUGUAACUCGAACUUCAUAGCUCAAGAAACGUGUUGUAGGAUAUCAGACACUAGGUGCCCAGAGCAGCACAGCUUUGAAAGUACUGCAGCAUCAUUGGUACCCGCUCAUGCCAGUAGAAUGUCUGCAUUUCUGCCAGCAAAGCAGGAACCUACAGAGCAGUGCCAGUGCAUUCCAGACAAGGGAGAAGCAGGGCUACCAGGAGCUCCAGGCUCACCUGGACAGAAAGGGGACAAAGGAGAGCAGGGUGAAAAUGGUUUACAUGGUGCUCCAGGCUUACCUGGUCAGAAGGGAGAGCAAGGUUUUGAAGGCAGCAAAGGAGAAAUUGGUGAAAAGGGUGAACAAGGAGAAAAAGGAGAUCCAGGUUUGGCUGGCAUUAAUGGACAAGAUGGUUUAAAAGGUGACAUGGGUCCUCGUGGUCCACCUGGCCCAAAAGGAGAAAAGGGAGAUAUGGGACCUCCAGGACCACCAGCCUUAACUGGUUCCCUGGGAAUACAAGGCCCCCAAGGUCCACCCGGAAAAGAGGGUCAGAGGGGAAGACGAGGAAAACCAGGCCCUCCAGGAAAACCAGGGCCUCCAGGACCACCUGGACCUCCUGGGAUACAAGGAAUGCAACAGACUCUUAACGGAUAUUCUCACAAGGGACACCUUGGUGAACAUGGAGCUGGCGGCCCAAAAGGAGAAAAGGGUGAAAUUGGACCGCCAGGAUUUCCAGGCUCUAUUGGCCCUAAAGGUGAAAAAGGAGAAUCUGGGGAAACCUUUACAAAAAGUGAAAAAGGAGACAGAGGAGAACCUGGAGUAACAGGAUCACAGGGAAUAAAGGGAGAGCCUGGAGAUCCUGGCCCCCCUGGUAUAACAGGAAGCCCAGGACUAAAGGGUCAGCAAGGACCUGAAGGCCCUAUGGGACCCAGAGGACCACCAGGAGAUAUUGGAUUGCCAGGAGAACAUGGUAUCCCAGGAAAACAAGGCAUUAAAGGAGAAAAGGGAGACCCGGGUGGGAUUAUAGGCCCUCCUGGACUUCCAGGUCCAAAAGGUGAGGCUGGUCCUCCAGGAAAAAGCCUGCCAGGGGAACCAGGAUUAGAUGGAAAUCCUGGAGCGCCUGGUCCACGAGGGCCAAAGGGAGAAAGAGGACUGCCAGGUGUCCAUGGCUCACCAGGUGACAUAGGCCCCCCAGGGAUAGGAAUCCCUGGCCAAACUGGCUCCCAAGGACCAGCUGGAGAGCCAGGGAUUCAGGGUCCUCGAGGUCUCCCUGGGUUGCCAGGAACUCCAGGGACUCCAGGGAAUGAUGGAGCACCAGGAAGGGAUGGAAAGCCAGGUCUGCCAGGCCCACCAGGUGACCCGAUUGCACUUCCUCUCUUGGGAGACAUCGGGGCCUUGUUCAAGAACUUCUGUGGCAACUGCCAAUCCAGUGUCCCUGGGCUGAAAAGCAACAAAGGAGAAGCAGCAGGUGCUGGUGGGCCUGGAAAGGUUGAUUCUGUAGCCCAGAAGGGUGAUGUGGGGCCACGAGGUCCUCCAGGAAUCCCAGGCAGAGAGGGACCAAAGGGGAGCAAAGGAGAGCGAGGCUACCCUGGGAUACCUGGGGAGAAAGGUGAUGAGGGUCUUCAAGGAGUUCCAGGUCUUCCAGGUGCUCCUGGCCCGACUGGACCCCCUGGCUUGUUGGGAAGAAUGGGGCAUCCUGGUCCCAUGGGAACAAAGGGUGACAAGGGCAGCGAGGGACCCCCUGGGAGACCCGGACCGCCUGGACCACCUGGUGUACCAUUCAAUGAAGGGAAUGGAAUGAGCAGUUUAUAUAAAAUCCAGGGAGGUGUGAAUGCACCCAGUUACCCAGGGCCACCCGGCCCCCCGGGCCCCAAAGGCGACCCUGGCCCGGUGGGAGAGCCUGGUGCAAUGGGCUUACCAGGACUAGAAGGAUUUCCUGGUGUAAAGGGAGAUCGAGGGGCCGCGGGUCCCCCGGGAGUGGCCGGAAUCUCGGGGAAACCCGGAGCCCCAGGGCCUCCAGGAAUUCCAGGAGAACCGGGGGAGAGGGGGCCUGCUGGAGACGUAGGCUUCCCUGGACCAGAAGGACCCUCAGGAAAGCCCGGAAUAAAUGGGAAAGAUGGAUUACCGGGUGUGCAGGGCAUCAUGGGUAAGCCUGGCGAGAGAGGCCCCAAAGGAGAACGGGGUGAUCAGGGAAUUCCAGGAGACCGAGGCCCACAAGGUGAACGAGGAAAACCAGGCCUUUCAGGCAUAAAGGGGGCCAUAGGUCCUGUGGGGCCCCCAGGAAACAAGGGCUCCCCGGGAUCCCCCGGGCACCAAGGUCCUCCAGGCCACCCAGGCCUCCCCGGCUCCCUGGCUGAUGUGGUUUCAUUUGAAGAAAUAAAAAUGUAUAUUAAUCAAGAGGUUCUGAGGAUUUUUGAAGAGAGGAUGGCCGUGUUCCUAUCCCAGCUCAAGCUACCAGCAGCAAUGCUAGCUGCUCAAGCUCAUGGGAGGCCUGGUCCACCAGGAAAGGAUGGGUUACCUGGGCCACCAGGAGACCCUGGACCCCAAGGCUACCGAGGACAGAAGGGAGAAAGAGGGGAACCAGGAAUUGGGCUUCCAGGGAGCCCAGGGCUUCCUGGGACCUCAGCUCCGGGCUUGCCAGGCUCACCAGGUGCCCCAGGGCCCCAGGGCCCCCCAGGACCAAGUGGAAGAUGUAACCCGGAAGACUGCCUGUAUCCUGUCUCUCAUGCCCGUCAGCAGACAGGAGGGAAAUAA